AUGACCCACCCCACAUCCUCCCUCGUUCCCCACCCUCUCUCUCGUUUCCCUCCCCCUCUCUCGCUGGAUUGGAUCGGGGAGGAGCCUGAUCUCGCGCCCGACGCUGCGCCCCACCACCGAACACCGUCGCUGGAUCGCCGCCCUCGUCCUCGCGCCCCCGUCCCCUCUCCCUCGACGGCGCCCCUCGCCGCGUCGACCGCGCCCUCGACACCUGACGCCGCCCCUCCGCUCGACGCCGGAUCCACUUCGCCGGACUGCCUCCCCGUCUUCGCCAUCGUCGCCGUCGUCUCCGACCUCCUCCCCGUGCCCCACUGCCACUCCCCGACCGCCCCCCCUGUGAGCACGCCUCCCCCCUCUCUGUCCCCGUGCUCACCGCGCCCCACACGCGCUCACUGCACGACUCUGCCGUGCGCGCGCCCUCGCGCUCCCCGCGGCCAAUGCCGCGGCCUCCUUCCCCGCAUCGCGCCCGGGCCGCGCCCCCCCCGCGCGCAUCGCUGCGCUUGCCGGCGUGCGCCCGUAGCUCUGCUACGCCGCUGCUGGCCGCACCUCUUCUGGCCGCACCCACCGCCGACCACCUCUCUCGCCACCGCCUGCAUCUCGCGCCUGCCCCGCCUCACCGGCGCUGCUGCGGCCUCGAUGGCCCGCGUGCCCGCAACCCGCCUGCUCGCGCGCGACGCCGCUUGGGCGCCGGUGCUCGUCCCGCGCGCGUGCUCCGCCACGGAGCCACGCUGCGCCACUGCUCCGGCCGCGGCCACGGCCGCCGUGCGCCCACGCCCGAGCACCCCUGGACGUGCGCCCAAUCGGGCUGCGCCCGUAACCGCCACCGUGCGCCCGUUUGGCCCCCCGGGGCCACAGACAUGUGGGGCCCGACCCCAGAACAUUUAG